AUGUCUGCUGAAGAAUCAAAAGUAAGUGAAGAAACUUCAAUUCCAAAACCACCAACCGCCAACGUAUUCUCUAUGUUUGGUGCUAAGAAGGAAAAGAAAGAAGAACCAAAAGAAGAAGAAUCAGAAUCUAAAACCGAAUCUAAAUCUAAAGAAGGUGAAGAAGAUAAAGCAGAAGAAGAAGAAGUUGAUGUUCAUUUCGAGCCAUUGGUUACAUUAGAAAAAGUUGAUGUUAAGACUUAUGAAGAAGAUGAAGAUGUAUUAUUUAAAGUUCGUGCUAAAUUAUUUAGAUUUCAUGCUGAUACAAAAGAAUGGAAAGAAAGAGGUACUGGUGAUGUUAAAUUCUUAAAACAUAAAGAAACUGGUAAGGUUAGAAUCUUGAUGAGAAGAGAUAAGACUUUAAAGAUUUGUGCUAAUCAUUUAAUUUCUGGUGAUUAUGAAUUAAAACCAAAUAUUGGAUCUGAUAGAUCUUGGGUUUAUAAUGUUACUGCCGAUGUUUCUGAAGGUGAACCUGAAGCUCAAACUUUAGCUAUUAGAUUUGGUAAUAAGGAAAAUGCCGAUCUCUUUAAGGAACAUUUCGAUGCUGCUAGAGAUGCCGCUAAGAAGGAUUAA